AUUGAACCGGUACAAAUUUUGAUUAAAAAGUGCCCAUCAACCCAGCUUUUUUCGUGGAUGUCAUAUAAAUUUCGACGCAACUCUUCGGUUUUCAAUUUUUGUCGAAGAAACUAUGAAUUCUGGCGUAUAUUGCAGACCAAAGAGUUCAAACAACGUGCAUAACGCGAUAAUUAUAGACAAGUUCAAUAAAAUAUUCGGUAAUACAGAAUCUAAAGAAAGUAUGGAAAACAAAUACGACAAAACGGAUUCAUUAGAACCAACGUCUUGCAGUACGAACCUAUCAGAAGAAGAACAGUGGCAAUGCGGUACGAACGUUCGAGCACCAUAUUCUGAGGAUGGUGAACUUUAUGAAGCCAUUAUCGAGAAAAUUUUCGACGAGUACGCUAUCGUUAGAUAUUUAGGUUAUGAGAACGAAGAAGCAGUGAAGUUGAAGGAUUUACGACCGAGUUUAGGCGAAGAAUCGAUUACCGAACAAAUUGGAAAUUCUAAACUAUUUCUUGAUGAUGAGGAAGAAGAAGAAGAUGAAGAUGCCGUUGAUUUCGAACCGGAAGAUGACGAAUGGAAAGUUGGCAUGCAAUGUCGAGCUUUGUAUCAACCGAACGAAGUAGUUUACGAAGCUGUCAUUCAAGAAGUAAACUCAAAAGAACGAAAAGCUGUAGUUAUCAUGUCCGGUUACGGUAUCCCUUACGAAGUGAGCUUCGAUAAUAUGUACGAAACGAUCCCCGAACUACGUAUUAAACAAGAACGAACUGCUAGGACACAUUUAGCUUCGAAAAUGCCUUCAGCGGAUGAGAUCGUUUCAUCCAAUAUUCCAGAUCCGUUGACGAGUUCUGUUCCAAAUAUAGAAGCUAGAUCGAGCUUACCCGGUAUGUCCUGUAACGUGGCUAAUUGCCAAGGUAUGGUGCAGCCUGAAAACGAAAACGAUGCGUUAGCUUGUUUACUUUCGUCCAACUAUUUGAGCGGUUAUUACGCCGGUUAUUUCGAUUGUUUGAAGAAGUUACAGAAUUUGAAAAAAUAAGAGACUCCCAUUUGCGGUAUUUAUCCAAAACGUGUCGAACCGUGGACCGAAAACUACGCAGGACUUCUUGAAAAUCAACAUCUUUUAUCAACUUCUUCGUUCGAGUGUUCGUCGUAUUCGCUGCGCGUGAAAAGAAGCAAUCUGUUAAUAUGUUCGACUAUCGCACUUUAGCGACAUUACACCUACUUUUAUUACGUUCCAGUUCAUAGAACACCUCUCGCAUCGUGUUCAUCGUUAAAUUUUUGCAUAAAUGUUUGACAUCGCAACAUGAAAAAUACUCCACCAUCUACCAAACCGUAAGUACACCGUUAUCUCCAUUAGCGGAUUACGUUUGGAAGAAUUAUUUAAUGCGUACCUGAGCCGAAGUAUCGUAAUUAAUAUCGCAUUCGAUCGCGGGAUCGUGACUGAUUAUCUUAGGCAGAUAAUAACGUAUAAGCGAUUUUCUAGUUUGUAAAUCAGGUACUGGAAUCAAAACGUGUUUUUCAAAUCGACGGAGCAUUGCUUCAUCCAAAUCCCUACGACAAAUUAAGAGUUGUACGUAUAUUGGAUGACUUAGUAUCUGAAAAGGUACGAUUGACUUACCAGGGCGUGUUCGUCGUGGCUAAAAAAAAUACAUUUCGUUUGCAUCUGCUCAGCGAGUCCAAACCAGUAAAUAAUUCGGAUUUCAUUCGUCUCGAUGCUUCGUGCUCGUGACUGUUGCGACGCAUCGUUAAUGCGUCUAUCUCAUCGAUGAAGAUGAUACUGGGAGCAAAAUUUUGAGCCGUUUCGAACAGUACCUGAUAUAUUUAAGAUCAUGUAGGUGAACAUCGAUUUUUUUUUUUCAAAAUUGUAAAUAUCAACCUUGAUUAUCUUUUCCGUAUCGCCUCGCCAUUUAUUUACUAUCGAGCUUGCAGAUAUGUUGUAAAAUGAGGCUGAACUUUCAGUGGCUACAGCUCGAGCUAAUGAUGUUUUACCUUUGAAUUGGCAUAAUGAUGUUAAAAUGACUCGAAUUACGUACAUGUCGAGUUUAGGGGGUUUUUAUGUGUUAGUACCUGUUCCUGGAGGUCCAUAGAGCAAGACUCCUUUCCAAGGUUCUAUAAUACCGGUAAAUAAAUGCGGGUAUUUAAUGGGGUAGAUUAUGGCUUCCUUCAGUACCUCUUUAACAUCAUCCAGUCCAAUAAUUUCAUCCCAGCGGGUAGCUGCGGGCUCGAUACAGAUGUCCUUGAAUUUUUUUUAAAAAAUCGAGAUUUUUUGCGUCCAUGUUUAGGGAUGUUGAAAUUUUUUACUUACUUUAACGAUAUCGCUGAAUUCGCAUGUUUCAUCAAGUACCCUAAAAUCAUCGCCUUCUCGCUGGAAAUACGCCACUUUUUCCAAAGAAUUCAUCGUAGAUGGUGGAGGAAAAGUGUUGCAUAUCAUGAAAUCUAAUUCUGCUCCGUGGCGUUGUUUUAAUUGAUGUGUUUUUCUUAGCUGUUUUUUAACUGGUGACUGAUUCGCAGGCGAUGAAUUCACCUCUUUGGGCUCUGUUCUUUUACACAGCUGUGGAUAUGUUUGAAAUCUGUGAUAGUAAAAGGUCUCGAAUUCGAUCACAAUAGUUUCCAAAUUGAUAUUGUCGCAGACAAUGUAAUCUUUAGCUAGUCUGGCUUCGGAUCGUAAACAUUGGGCAGUUUCUUUAUACCUGAAAUACAAUAAUUAUUUUCUUUACUGAGCAAGUUGGCGGAAAAAAAAACUGCAGAACGUGUUCCGAGCUGAUGAAAUAUGAAGAAAAUCAGAUCCUUAACCCAUUAUCUAUUAAGAAAGUUUCCAUCAAGUGUAGAAUGUGUUUUUUGCGAAGUGCUCUUUUUCGAUCCUGAAAUCGCACAAGAUAUCAGUUUAUAAUGUGUAGGAAAAAACUACGUUUUGAAUUAUUUGAGAGUUUUUACCUUCAUUUUAGCGAAAUAUUCCUCUGUGCGUUGAUUACCUAGCUGAGGAUUACAAUGUGAUUCAUUGAGAAUUGCGUUUCAUUCAAGUUUUCAUGGCGAGAAUUGGUGUCGUUGUUGUUAUGGUAAUUUUUCCAAAUAGCUAAAGGUGAAUGUAAAGUUUAUGUAGUUGCGAUGGCAAUAUUCUUAAUGUUUGGAAACUUCUUCACGAUUCGCUCCCUAUUGAUAUUGAGUGAACAAUAAAAUCCUAAACAUUGAACGUGUUCGGUCAUAAUUUAUAGAUGAGAUAAAAAAAAUUAAUGGUGAUUGUGAAUGAUCAAAGUACCUUUCUCAUUUUUUCUGAAAAGUGAGUUAUUGAUUUAGGUCUUGUAUUUGACGUAUAUUUUUAAAAAAUGAAAAAAGUGUGCAAUUUAUUUGGAACUAGCAGAAAUUACUCGUCCUUCGGACGGGUAGAGUAGAGAGUUGAUUAGCAUUU